CUUGCCACCACAUCGCAUCGCAUUACCUUGCUUGUCCAAGUACUCUCCCUCGAGCUCAGCUUGUCGUCUCUCGUAUCGCUUAGAUAACUAGAAACAUUCGCAUCCGUCCACCCAUCAACGUUCAAGACCUAAUCUACCCCUCUUCCACUUCGAGAAACAGUUGUUCAAACCGAAUCAAGCCAAAGAAAGAAAAGAUGUCGUCCAUGCCACUCUCCACCGCCAACUGGCACUGGAAGAACAAGACGGUGACGCCUUGGGCGAAGACCUGGUUCGAGCGCGAGCUCGUGACGGUCGAGGUGGGCGAGAAGGAGGGCGAGAAGGUGGGGGUGGAGAAGGUGGUGGAGGUGGAGGGGGAUGUGGAGUUGGGGAGGAGGAAGAGCAAAUUGAUCACGAUCUACGACUGUCGCGUCGUUCUCAACUGGACAGGAAGUACAGCGGAUGGAACGACCGCGUCUGGACGACUCGUCAUCCCUGAGGUCUCGCAUGAGAUCACGUUGGAUGGGUUGAGCGAUUAUGUCUACGAAUGGUCCCUCGGCUCGGAACACGACGCCUCCAACCCGUCCAUCUCCUCUCUCUUCGCUCUCGCGAAAAAGUCCCUACCCGCAUCUCUCGAAGUCAAGUUCAAAGAAUUCCCAGUCGCGCUCGUAGACGUCCACGGGAAAGACAUCCUUGUCUCUGCCUCUGCCGAUCCGUCCCGGACUUCGUCUCCCGCGCCCGCUCCCCCCAUCAGCACCAGCACCAGCACCAGCACCACUACCUCCACCAUCACAGCCGCUCCGGCACCGGCUCCAGCGCCAGCAAAGAAGAAAGAGGCGAAGAAGGUGAAUGGGGCGCUGGUCGAGGUGGAGGCGACCUUCCAGGCUGCGGCGGACGAUCUGUUCGGGCUCUUGACGGACGAGAAGAGGAUACCGAUGUGGUCGAGGGCGCCGGCGCAGUCCGCCGCGAAGCCGGAUACGGAGUACGCGCUGUUCGGGGGAGGUGUGAGGGGGAAGUAUCUCUCGCUUACGCCGGGGAAGGAGAUCAAGCAGACGUGGGCGUUGCAGAGCCCGACGUGGCCUGAUGGUCACGAAGCGACGAUGACGAUCAGCUUCGCGCAGUCGACGGAUUCGACGAAAGUCACGUUCGCGCUCGAUGGGGUUCCGACCGGGAUGGAAGAUGAGAUCAGGAGGAAUUUGGAGGGGUAUUAG